UGUCAUCAACGCACUCUUUUGUCAAUAUUAAACAUUUUAAACAUUUUAAUAAUGUUCCAUGAGUCUUGAAAAUAGUUGCAUUAGGUGGGAUGAUGAAAUAUAUUUGGUGGCAGUUUCAUUUUUAAAAUUUAUUUUUGUGUUUGGAUGACAAAUGGAUACAAAUGUUUUAGGUACAUUAAUUUUUUUAUUUGUUUGUCUUUUUCCAUUUCAUGCAUCACCAUUUUCAAAAUUAUAAUAUUUAUAUACUUUAUCAAGAUCUUGUGGGUACCCAAAAUUCUAAUCAAAUUCUUGAGUUUUGUGUCAUUUGAAGAGGCUAUGCAAGUUCAAGACUGAACAAAAUAUUCUAGAGAUUCUUUGAUAUUGCGGAAGAAACGAAAAAUGGUAGUUGAGAGAAGAAAUGUGUUAGUUGAUACAAGAAUUGAUAGGAACAGCCGAGAAAUUCUGAACUGGGCUCUUGUUAAAGUUGCUGAGCCUGGAGAUUGUGUUAUUGCACUUCAUGUUUGUCGAAGUUCAAGAGGUGCUGCGAAAAACAAGGUGUUGUUAGAAGAUUAUUUAGAAGUAUAUGAAGGACUGUGUUCAUUAAAGAAGGUAGAUCUUGUCGGUAAGGUCUGCACAGGAAUUUCGAUUCAGAGGACUCUGGUAAGAGAGGCAAAGAAGCUUGAAGCUACAGCUCUGGUUCUGGGGAGUGUAAGGAGUUGGACUUCUACGGCUAGAUAUUGCGCUAAGCGGCUGCCUGCAACUACUGAUGUUUUCGCUAUCCGUAAAGGGAAAAUUGUGCACGGAAGGUGCAGCAAUAACCAGCUAUCAGGACUCGUUGAUGAUCCGAAACCAAGUCUAAUUGAAUGCCAUUUGUCGGACGAAGUUCAUUCUGAAUUUGGAGAUUCUGAAGUAUAUACUGAUUUAUCAAGUUUUGAAAAUCAAACAAGAGAUGGGAGUAGUGAAAGCUCACCGCGUGAAGUUAUGAGCCUUCCGAGCUUUUCAAACGAAAGUAUGAGGAGAUCAACUUCUCAUUUUGUCGGGGAUAUUUUGGAUCAGAAACCUGGCUGGCCACUUCUUCGUCGAUCAAGUUUAACUCGUGCAGAGUCCCUGCAGGCAAGGGAAUUGUCUGUGGUGCAAUGGGCAAUGAGCUUACCAAUUCGUUCAUCGAAUAAAUAUCCGUUAGGUUCAUUUAUAGAAAGAAGUGAGUCGUUGGAGGAGAACAGCAGUAGUAGUUCUUACGCGUCGGAUGAAUUGCAGAAUGGCUUGGAUAUUCUGCUGAAAGCACACUCAUCCAACUGCAAAUGGUUUAACUAUGAGAUUCUGAAAACUGCAACUUCCAAAUUUUGCUCAGAAAACUUGAUUGGACAAGGCGGAUGCAGCCGCGUAUACAAAGGGAGUCUUCCGGAUGGCAAGAUGGUAGCUGUAAAAGUUAGAAAUUCAUCUGAAGAAGCAACCAAGGAUUUAGCUCAAGAAGUUGAAAUCAUCUCGUCGUUUAACCAUACGUAUGUUACACGUCUCAUUGGCAUCUGCAUCAAAGAUUUUGACCUCGUCUCUGUUUAUGAUCUUGCAUCCAAAGGAAGCUUAGAAGAUAUUUUACACGGUGAUAGUAAAGAAAAAUCUGAUCUCUCAUGGGAUGUAAGGUUUAGCAUUGCUAUCAAGAUUGCUGAAGCCUUAAAUUACCUGCACAACGAAUGUUCGCCGCCUGUUAUUCAUAGAGAUGUCAAAUCUUCAAACAUUCUUCUAUCCGACGAGUUUCAACCACAGUUAUCUGAUUUCGGGCUUGCAAUAUGGGGACCGACGUCUUCAUCUUUCACGACUCAAGCCGACGUAGUUGGAACAUUCGGGUAUCUUGCUCCGGAAUAUUUUAUGUAUGGGAAAGUUAGUGACAAGAUUGAUGUGUAUGCCUUUGGUGUAGUUCUACUUGAGUUGUUAUCAGGAAGAAAACCAAUAGGAUAUCAAACUCCCAAGGGCCAGGAAAGCUUGGUGAUGUGGGCAAAACCAAUAAUUGACAGUGGGAAUGUAAAGGGUAUAUUAGACCCAAAUUUAGAUGAAAAUCUUGAUGAGGGUCAAAUGCAAAGGAUGGUUCUUGCAGCAAAUCUCUGCAUCACACGUGCAGCUAGGCUGCGUCCGAAAAUGAGUGAGGUUCUGAAGCUUCUACGAGGCGAUAAAGAUGCAGUGACAUGGGUGACACUUCGGAAAAAGGAUCUCGACGAUCUUGAGAACCAAGAAGGUAAUGAUGAUGAAGUUUAUCCAGAUUCUUGUGCAGAGUCACACUUGAAUCUUGCAUUGCUUGAUGUGGAUGAUGAUUUGAUAUCGUUUAGUAGUUUCGAGCGCGGAAAUCUUCAAUACAUUGAAGAAUACAUGAAAGAUAGAUGGAGCAGAUCAUCAAGCUUUAAUUAGUUUUCUUUCAUUUUUGUUCCUUUUUGCUGCUUGUUUCAUGGCAUUUUUCUGCUUUUGUCCACUGCAUUUUCUGCAGAGAGGACUUCUUGAGCAACCUUAUAAUUCUGUUAAGGCUUGUAAAAUAGAGUGGAAUAGGAAUGUAAGUACCCCAUCGUGAGGCGUUUUUGUAGUAGUAGAUUUAUAGUAUAUCCUGUUCAAAAUGAAAAUAUCUAAUGAACAAGGACUAGAACUAGAGAGUGUUCUCAAAAA